AUGCAUUUAGCUGAGGUCAAAGAUGACGAAGAGCUGCCGCCAAAUAGAAGUUUGAUUUGCCAUUGUGGACGACAUGCAAAAUCAAGGAUGCAUGGAUUCUGUAUCCCUGAUGCAAUAGGGCGCUGUCCAUGUGUCCGUCAAAGGCGGCAAUGCACCAAAAGAUGCAUAUGUUUCAACUGCAGAAAUAACGCCCGUACACCCGAUGGCUGUAGGUGUGGUGAAGGAGAGAGAAACAUCAGAAGUGCAUGCACCGAUGUGCCAGGCCAACGACGAUCCAAAUGCCCUUGCUAUACUUCUGGUAGUUCGUGCUCCGCGGAAAAAUGUAAAUGCAAGGGCUGCGGGAACUCGUUUGGCAAAAGAACGGCGGGCAAGAAAGAUGUCAAAAAAAAAAGGUCCACCAAAUGUACGUCCAGUCCUUCGCCAUUGAAAAGGAAACGUACCAUGGAUUUCUUGAAGGAAAGCAACUCCUUCAUUAGCCUGGGCUCCUGGACAAACAUAGAAAUAUGCCUUUUGGACACUGUAGAAUCUUUCCUACAUUGUACUUGUUUUCUUCCUACUAAGGAAAUUUAA